AUGUUCUAUCUAUCUAUCUAUCUAUCUAUCUAUCUAUCUAUCUAUCUAAUUCUGUUUAUCUAUCUAUCUAUCUAUCUAAUUCUGUUUAUUUAUCUAUCUAUCUAUCUAUCUAUCUAUCUAUCUAUCUAUCUAUCUAUCUCUGGCAUGUUAGCCAUUUGGUCGGUGAUCGGAACGUUUCCUGCGGCUGUUGUGGAGGUAACUGUACGGACCGUAUUAGCCUCAUCAGUAAUCAGCACGCUUCCACCAAAAAUGGAAUACCUUUUUAUAACUUUCUUCGCUAAGCUAAAGUUAGUGUACAUCUAUCUAUCCCUCUGUUCAUAUCUAUCUAUCUCAUCUUUUAUAUCUAUAUAUCUAUCUAUCCUUCUGUUCAUAUCUAUCUAUCUAUCUAUCUAUCUAUCUCAGCUUUUAUAUCUAUAUAUCUAUCUAUCCUUCUGCUCAUAUCUAUCUAUCUAUCUAUCUCAGUUUUUUAUCUAUAUAUCUAUCUAUCCUGCUGUUCAUAUCUAUCUAUCUCAGCUUUUAUAUCUAUAUAUCUAUCUAUCCUUCUGUUCAUAUCUAUCUAUCUAUCUCAGCUUUUAUAUCUAUCCUAUCUAUCUAUCCUUCUGUUCAUAUCUAUCUAUCUAUCUAUCUCAGCUUUUAUAUCUAUAUAUCUAUCUAUCCUUCUGUUCAUAUCUAUCUAUCUAUCUAUCUCAGCUUUUAUAUCUAUAUAUCUAUCUAUCCUUCUGUUCAUAUCUAUCUAUCUAUCUAUCUAUCUCAGCUUUUAUAUCUAUAUAUCUAUCUAUCUAUCUGUUUAUCUAUCUAUCUCAGCUUUUAUAUCUAUAUAUCUAUCCUUCUGUUCAUAUCUAUCUAUCUAUCUAUCUAUCUCAGCUUUUAUAUCUAUAUAUCUAUCUAUCCUUCUGUUCAUAUCUAUCUAUCUAUCUAUCUAUCUCAGCUUUUAUAUCUAUAUAUCUAUCUAUCCUUCCGUUCAUAUCUAUCUAUCUAUCUAUCUAUCUCAGCUUUUAUAUCUAUCUAUCUAUCUAUCCUUCUGUUCAUAUCUAUCUAUCUCAGCUUUUAUAUCUAUCUAUCUAUCUAUCUAUCUAUCCUUCUGUUCAUAUCUAUCUAUCUCAGCUUUUAUAUCUAUCUAUCUAUCUAUCAUUCUGUUCAUAUCUAUCUAUCUAUUAUCGAAAAUUUCACGUUUUUACCUUUCUUUCUUUCUUUCUUCGACUGGCCAUUUUCAUUUCUUUCUUUCUCUCUUUUAUCACACUUUUACAUUCUUUCAUUGUCAUCUACCAGGUUUCUUUCUUUAUUUCUUCGGCUGGCCAUUUUCGUUUCUUUCUUAGGUUAGCCAUUUUCAUUUCUUUCUUUCUUUCUUUCUCUCUCUUUUAUCACACUUUUACAUUCUUUCAUUGUCCUCUACGUUCUUUCUUCCUAUCAAAAUAUUUUUUCAAUAAUAGCAGGUUUCUUUCUUUCUUUCUUUCUUUCUUUGGCUGGACAUUUUCGUUUCUUUCUUUUUUCUUUCUUAGUUGGCCAUUGUCCUUUCGUUCUUUUUUUCGUUCCUUCUUUUUUCUUUCUUUCCAUCACUCUCUUUCAAUAAUAGCGGGUUUCUUUCUUUCUUUCUUUCUGACUUUCUUUUACUUACUAUCACUGUCUUCUUUCAAUGAUAGCAUGUGUUUUGCUUCUUUCUUUUUACAGGUGGCCAUUGUCCUUUCUUUCUUCCUUUAUUUCUUCAACUGGCCAUUGUCUUUUCUUUCUUUCAAUAUCAGCGGGUUUCCCCGUUUUUGCUUUGCUUUUCCCUCUUUCAUUCCUUUUUUUUUUUAA